AUGGAAGAUCAAGAACAGACUCUGAACGCGUCGUCGAUUUCUCAGCUCGAGAACGACGAAAAGUUUACGAGUUUCACAGAGUUCUCCUACUGCGAUCUCCAGACGGCGACCAAGAACUUCAGUUCCGACGAGAUUGUAUCAGAGAACGGUGAAGAAUCAUCCAACGUCGUUUACAAGGGCCAAUCGCAGAGCUUCGGCUCCAUUGCUGAAGAGGCACGAAAAGCGUGGCUGUUACGGCACAAGGGAGUCGUCAAUUUGAUUGGAUGUUGCAGUGAAGGAGAUGAAAGGCUACUUGUUGCAGAGUUUAUGCCAAAUGAUACGCUUGCUAAGCGUUUGUUCCACCAGGGCAAUCACACCAUGGAAUGGUCAGUGCGGUUGAGAAUAGCCUAUCAAAUAGCUGAAGCGUUGGAUCAUUGUAGUACAGAAGGGUUUGCAUCCUACAAUAACUUAAGUGCCUACACCGUUCUGUUUGAUGAGGAUGGGGAUGCUUUUCUUUCGUGUUUUGGCUUGAUAAAGGAGAGCAUGGAUGAUCAAAUAACAACAGGAAAUGUAAACCAUGAAAGUGUGGCAUACAGUUUUGGUUCUGCUCAUAAGAUGAUACAUGGACAGAAUGCUACUGAGUAUAUGGAUCCAAAGUUGGAGGUUCCUACUGAAGAUGCCUUUUUAGUGUUUGGUCUUGCUUCUCAAGCUAUGGGAGAAAACAGUAUGCACAUUCCAACAUAUGAGCUUCUUCAGAUGAAAAAGCAGCAUGAGGAGAGAGCUUCACAGACCCAACAACCCAAGCAAAAACCUGCAACACUGGUUGGAGGUUGUCGCCGGUCUGGCCCUAAUCGAUAUAAGAAGCCUAUUCAUCAGACCGAUGAAGAGAUACAAGCACAGAAUAGAGAGGAAUUCGACCAAAUGCAGAUAAGAGUAGUUAGAAAGGCUCAAAACCAGUUAGACAAGCUUAAAGGGAAGAAAAAAAAUGAGACCUAG